AUGACUCUUCGAAUAUUAUUAUUAUUAUUAUUAGUUGUAUAUUUUGGAGAUGUUUUUGGACAAAAAGUUGUGCGAGAUGGAGAUAUGGAACUCAGCUUGGUUCAUGUCGUGAGUUUUUUAAAUUUUUAACCUAAAAUUUUAUGGAAUGAUAUAAAAAUUGAAAAUAUGUAGAUAUUAAAUUAUAUGAUUAUACUAAACUUAACUAAUAUAUAACUAAAAUUCCAAAAUAAGAAAAUUUGAUACCGAAUGUUUGUACCCACCAAAGAUCUUUUUUUCCGAGAAAUAUCUUAUCUUUUCAAUUGUUGUUUGGUCAUACCCAAAAUACACUGUGAAUAUUAAACUAAACAUACCAAUUUUACACAAUUGCAGGUUUGGAGACACGGAGAUCGUUCUCCGAUCGUAACAUUCAACUCAGAUCCAUUCCAAGAAGAUUAUUGGAAAUUUGGAGGUGGAGGAUGGGGACAAUUAUCACCACUUGGAAUGAAACAACAUCUUAAUCUUGGAAAAUUAUUGAGAAAUCGAUAUGUUGAUAUUCAAAAUUCGACUUAUUCAUUACUUCCAGCAGUUUAUAGUUCAAAGGCGAUUUAUGUUAGAUCAACUGACUUGAAUAGAACAUUAAUAUCAGCAACGGCUAAUUUAUUAGGAAUGUAUGGACAAAAUGAAUAUGGAAGUAUUGGAGGUUUUGAUUAUCCUGAAGUUGAAGGAUGGCCAAAAGGAUUUAUUCCGAUGCCAAUUCAUACUGUUGAUUAUGACACUGAUUAUGUAAGAUUUGUUUUGUUUUCAAAAAAAUUGCAUUUUUUUUCAAAUUAAAAAAAAAGUUAAGAAUAAUCGAGUUUCUUGCAAGAUUCCAAAACCUCAUAAUCUCAGAUUGGAAAUAUGGAUUGUGAUUGUCCUCGAAGAACAUGGCUUUGGAAUAUGGUCAAACAAUCAGAUUUCAUUCAAUCUUGGCUUCAACUUCCAAAUGUUUCAUAUGUUUUGAAUACAACUCGAGCAUUAAUAAAUCAAAACGCGGAACUCGAAGAUUUCUGGGUUGUUCCUGAUGCUCUUUAUAUUGAACAAAUUCAUUAUAAUGAAACACUUCGUCAAUUGAAUACUUGGUAUUCCGAUGAAUUUUAUGAUCAAAUGACAGUAGUCAAUGAUCAAAUUUAUCUAUUCCAAUACGGUGUUUUUGAUGGACAAAAAAUUGAGAUGCAAAAUAUGGAUAUGGGAAGAGAAUUAUUGAAAAUAAGAGCUGGAAGUUUAAUGAAUGAUAUAAGUGAUCGAAUUGCUUUGAAAUCAUCAUGCCAAUAUAUAAAUAGUUCUUCAAAACAUUGUAAAUGGAUAAAUGAACUGAAAUAUUAUACAUAUUCAGCUCACGAUGAAACAAUUUAUUCAGUUCUUGUUGCACUUGGAAUUCAAGAAUAUACAAUUAAACCACAUGGAUAUCCAUUAUAUGCUGCAGCUGUUAUAAUUGAAUUCUGGCGAAAUACAACAUCAAAUUCGGAUUAUUUCAAAGUAUUAUAUCAUGCUCAAGAUGGAGAUGGAAUUAAUGUUUUCACUUCAAAUAUUCCUGGAUGUUCUUCUGAUUAUUGUUCAAUUGAUGUUUUGAAUAAUGUAUCAAUGUAUUUGAAACCAGACAAACCGAUGACUGAAUGGUGUACUGUAGUUGAUAAUAAUAAUAAUCAAUCGAUUAUUUCAUAUUUUAUCACAGUUGUUUUUGUAGUUCUUGUGCAAUAUUGUUUGAAUUAA